GACAGAUCAGUGACAGAUCGGUGUGUCAUUGAUAACAUAUUGGUGAUAGAUCAGUGACGGAUCUCUGUAUGAUUGGUGACAGAUCGGUGUGUGAUUGAUGACAGAUCGGUGUGUCAUUGAUAAUAUAUUGGUGAUAGAUCAGUGACAGAUCGGUGUGUCAUUGAUAACAUAUUGGUGAUAGAUCAGUGACGGAUCUCUGUAUGAUUGGUGACAGAUCGGUGUGUGUGGUGUAGUCGGUAACAUGUCGGUGGAAUGGCGGCUGCGAUCGUCUCUUCCCAGCCCCUCCCUGUCCGCACUACUCCUGGGGGUCGGUGUCACCUGGGGCUGCUACUACCUGCACUACAUCUGUAAGAGACCACGAUUGGUGGCGGCAGGACAUCUCCGCCAGUUCCUUGAGUCUUACUGCCCCGCGGUGAAGAGCGACUACCGACCGACGUUCUGGUGUGUAGGUGGGAGACUCCAGACCAUCGUCCGAGUAUUACUGCUAUCCCGACCCCGACCUACCUACAGGAACGAGGUGAUCGGCACGGCAGAUGGUGGUCAGAUAUCUCUGGAUUGGGCUGACAAUGAGGGCAGCGCACGUUUCCCAGAAUCCUCCUCUCGUCCUACAGUCCUCCUAUUACCGGGACUGACCGGGAACAGCCAUCAGUCCUACAUCCUGCACCUGGUACAACGGGCCCGCACCGACGGAUACAGGUGCGUGGUGUUCAAUAAUCGUGGUUUUGGAGGAGAGGAGCUCCUGACUCAUCGGACGUUCUGUGCCGCUAACACUGAAGACCUGAGCAGGGUGGUGGAACAUGUCCGGAGUCGCAACCCCGGGGCCCCUCUGCUGGCAGUGGGGGUCUCGCUGGGCGGGAUGGUUCUCCUGAAUUAUUUGGCCUCUACCGGCUCCAGGUCUCAGCUCCAGGCUGCGCUGGUGUUCUCCACCCCCUGGGACGUGUUUGUUUCUACCUCCUCGCUGGAAAGGCCACUAAAUUACCUCCUGUUCAACCGAAACCUGGCCUCCGGCCUGCGGAAUGCCAUACUUAAGUACCGGGACAUCAUCGGAAAGGUUCUGGAUGUGGAACAUAUAUUACAGUCUCGCUCUAUUCGGGAAUUUGAUGAGCGAUACACCUCCGUUGUCUUUGGUUACCAGUCAUGUGAUGACUAUUAUCAUCAGGCCAGUCCCUGCAAAAAGCUGGGGAAAGUGAGGACGCCCGUAUUGUGUGUGAAUGCUGAGGAUGACCCUUUCUCACCCCUGCAAGCCAUUCCAGUGAACGAGGCCUUGGCUAACCCUAAUGUGGCUCUCCUGAUCACCGCUCAUGGUGGACAUAUCGGUUUUCUGGAGGGUCCCUUCCCCAACCACCAGAGAUACAUGAACCGCAUCUUCAGCCAGUUUAUGGGGGCUGUGCUUGGUCACGGAGAAGAGCUGAGGGUGGCUACUGCAGAUGAAGCUGUCUCUUGAUGCUGGCUGGCUGGCCCUGAGCUAAAAGGAGGUAUCUGCUUCGAGACCAGUCAGUCACUCUACCAUCCAGUCCUCCUGCACUGUAAUGAUGUUUUUAUUUCUAUCCUGAUACCUCAAUAAACUAGAUUUACAAUACAACCCUAA